AUGUUGUGCAUCACUAGGUACCGAGAAGAAGCACGUGAGGAAGCAAGGACGGAGGCACUAGCACCUGAAGAGAUGAAGGAGGAAGGAGACAUGAAGAAGAAGGACGCGGAGGCCCUGGACUCUCCGGGUGCCCGGGCGCUUUGGCCCCGGAGGCCCGGUCCCUCCCUGGCGCAGCUCCCAGCCGGCCCCGGGUGCCCGGCCAGCAGCCCCGAGUGCUCAGCCUCGCGUGGCCCAGCCGCGGCCCAGGCCACCCCCGGGUGCCCGGCCUUGAGGCCCCGGUGCCCGGCCCCCUCCCGUUGGUGCUGCUGCCACCUGCCCGGGUGCCCGGGCCAUCACCCCUGGGUGCCCGGCCCCUCUCCAGCCGGCCCCGGGUGCCCGGCCGAAUGGCCCCGGAUGCUCGGCCCCUCCUGCGCCAGCCACCAGCGCCUCCCGGGUGCCCGGGCUUUGGACCCCCGGGUGCCUGGCCUCGACCGCCCAGGCCCCUGCGUCUACCCCGGGUGCCCGGGCCUAGGACACCCGGGUGCCCGGUCCACUCCGAGGGCCUGCGUGCCUCUUUGGGUUUUUACCCAUGUAUCCCCCUCCUCCUCUUAUUUCGCCCCUAGACUAUAA